UAAUUUAAUAAUAUCAUAUAUCAUGGUCUCUCUCUUUCAAAAGUUCAACAAGCUUUCAGAGUAAUUAAGCGACGUUCUUUACAUUGCGUCUCAUGUUCCAGCCCGGAUUGUGGAUAAAUUCUGAAUUAUUGAUUUCGCUUCAACAGUGGAACUAAUUGAAUUUUUAUGUGAGCUGCGCUUUCAUAUCACAAGCACUUUAUUGUGUCCGCCGUCGAAUCUGAUGAUGCGACUCAGUUUUCGUUUGCUGUUUGAUAGCGCGACAUCGGACGAGACGACAGGUUGAUUUCCCACUGCCACAACUUUCGUUAGUGAGAUUCUCAUUACGGACUAGGGAACUUCGCUUCGCUUCUUCUAGCUAGAUGGUUAAGGACAAAGAUAUCAGUGUCUUUACAGUAUCCAUGGAGGGGGACUACCCUUACAAAAACCCACUGGCAUACACAAAUUUCAACCCAAUGAGCAACCUCGCAAAACGCGAAAUGGAUAACAACAGGAAAGACGAGUUGAAGCACGAAAUGAAGCAAAGGCUGGACACGUGUAAGGUAAAAAUUGACGUAAGGGGGAGCGUGUUCGUCACCGCGGCGAACACCAUCAACAAGAUCCCAGGGACCAAGCUCUCCUGCAUGCUCCGCACAAAGGAGUACUGGGACAAAGACGCGGGCUCCUACUUCUUUGAUCGAAACCCAGAUGUCUUUAAUUCGGUCUUGGAUGGCUACAGCAAGGGGAAGUUCCACAUCCCGUCCCACAUGUGCGUCACGGAUUUUCUCGAAGAGUUGGAUUUCUGGGAUAUACCACAUUCGAUGAUUGCGAAAUGCUGUACAGGCUUGGUUUGGGAUUCGAACAAGGAGAAAAAGGCAUCUGAGGCGGUGCAGAAGGAACUAUUGUCUGGUCUCGAAUAUUACCGGAAGGCCAUUGACGUCACUACCGGUUGGAGGGCGUACGCGCUGAGGAUGUGGCUGUUCCUUGAUGACCCGAAUUACUCGAAGGGUUCUAAGGCAUUCUCGUUUUUUAUAGCCUUGAUCGUGAUCCUUCAAAUUCUUCUCAUCACCUUAACAACCAAUGUCAUGAUCUUGGAGACUCUGAACCUUCCUGUUAACGGCACAAAGUACCUCCGGUUGCGCAGCCGCUAUGAGGACAUCGCAACACGAAUUCCGGCCAUUGCGCUGAACGCCAUAUUGACUAUUGAAAUCGUCGUCAGGUUCGUCGUUUGCCCCGAAAAAAGAAAUUUUCUAAAAUCCCUGUUGAACUGGGUAGAUAUUGUAGCAACGAUAAGCAGUUGGAAUAGCUUGUUGAUAUUUUCUGGUCGCGGACCUCUUGAAUAUACUUCAGGAACCGAUCUGUAUGUUGUUCUAGUGAUCAUGUUGCCGACUCUCCGUGUUUUCAGUAUUCUCCGCUUGGCGCGCUGCUUCACCGGAACUAGAAUUGUGUUACUGGUGCUUCGGCGCAGCCUACCGGAACUUGUAACGCUAAUAGCGUUCCUAUCUGUGGGAAUGGUAAUAUACGCGUUCCUGUUUUAUUUAGCAGAGUUAAAAUUUGAAGGCUCUGACAUCACCGACAUUCCGAGAGGAAUAUGGUUGGCUAUUAUCACUAUGACUACGGUAGGGUAUGGUGACAUCCGCCCCGUGACCUUCCCAGGAUGCAUUGUGGGUGGCAUGUGCGCUGUCACGGGGAUUGUUUUGACGGGACUGGCCAUUCCUAUCAUAUCGGGUAAUUUCAACCUGUAUUAUCGAGAUGUUAACCACUGUCUUCAAAAGCAGAAGGAAUCCGCGCAGGAGUCGUCAAGCACGUCCAAAUCUUGAAGCCAUUCAGAAUGAAAUGGAUGCUUUAAAUAUUUUAUUCGUUUGAUGUCCAAUUUUACUGGUAAGUGUAGAUUCUGGUAUCAUCUAGUUUCAUAGUAUUUAUUUGCACUAUGAGCACUGAUGGAAUCGAAACAAAACGCCAUGUCUAUCCAAAUUGAACAUAAUGGCGUAUGGUAUCACACGAUGCCAAAAUUGGACUUAAUGAGGCAAUGAAAUAUAAACUGUAUUGUCGUAUCCUCAGAAAAUAUCUGAUAUCUGAUUUAAAUUCCGAGAGGACAAUUCAUCUCAAUGAAAACACGAGCUUGAGCUAAUGAAACAAUGUACGCGGUAAAUGAGGAAUUGAUACCAAACCGGAUGUAUUGGUUGGCUCACCAAUGACAAUAAUUUUCUCCCAUAACCGAGGUGCCUCGCUGGAGUUUUGGGCAAAAGCGCCAGCCCCACCUGAGCUGUGUUUGGUGACAUAACCAAUACCGUCAAAGAGGAAUCAAUUUCUGUUCUAAAACACCUUAAACUGAGCAUUAUGUGUUUUGACUUCUUCCCGACUUCUUCCAUAUUUUGGUAACCGCCAACCAUAACCACUGCUGUCAAAACGAGGCACACUGCAUUAUACACUGUUAACAGUAGUACAUGUUACCACGGUGUUUUAGGAUACUAACGUACAUGUACCUUACCAUCAGAGGGUAAAAUUCAUGUGAAACGCCGUAUGUUCAAAUGUUUGAUAACACAAUCCCUAACCCUCGAAAAUAGAGAUUUUUGCACCAGCAUCAAACAGCUCAUUAAGGUAAUUUGUAUUCUAUUGAAAUUCAUUGAGAGUCGAAACCUCAUUACAGACUAAUAAAACGGAUACGCCAAAAACCGGAUUUUUCAAUAAUUAACCAGAAAGCCGCGAUAAAGCACUACAACAGCAAAAUCAUCCACUUCAUGGGUUUGCUUUCUCUCAAACACUAAGCGUCGAGUGUUUCAUUUAAUCAUUGAUGAACGAAGUGGGGCUAGUUUCAGACACUGGCGCAUGCUCUAUUCGCUAAAAUAAUUACAUGUAUCGUGAUAUGGAAUGGUGUUCGCAGUGAGGGUGUUUCAGCUAAUUGAAUUUCGGUAUUUUGUGCCUAUUCAACCCCUCAAAAUGCAGUCAACAUGGUAAACGAAUCGGUUAUUUCCCAAGAACCAUAUCAGAAUUUGCCAGUCAAGAAGCGACUUGGCGAUUUUUUAGAAAUCAACGAGGAUUUAAAAAAGGUUUGAAGGUUUUUCGGCCAACACUGCUAUGUUCACCUCUAAGAGAUUUUUUUUUUUUUUUUAAACAACACUCCCAACGGUUUUUGAGUUUCUAAAAAAAUGCUUUUGCUGAUAUAUGUAUAUAUCUUUCAUUCAUUUUUGGUUUUAAAUUGUGAUACUAAGUGCUUCUUUGCUAAUCUUGGUAAUUACUAGUGCGGUUGUAUAUACUAUGUAUAACUAAUUAUGGAUUAAAUCUAUGAUCCAACUUGGUAUAAUUGUAGAGUCAACGAAUGUGCAUGAAAGAAACCUGUAUUUUGCUUGACCAUAUCUUUAUCAUUUCCUUACGUAUAUGUUAUAAAUGUCGAAUAAAGUCUU